AUGGAAGUAUUCGCUUAUCCCUUUGGGAAGAGGGGGAGGCAAUUCGUCAAGCUGGGCUCGCACGAGGGAAAGGCUCUCAUCUUCAUGCUGAACGAUCCUACGCAGACGUUCGCCCUGUUGCUUGAGAUCCUCCUGGAUGUGUGCCCACUGCAGAGCCGAGACGGAGACGUCCCGACGGAGGUCCUAGAGGCGGAAUUUGCAAAGUUGAAGGAGAGCGGAGACACGGUGGAUCAGGAUCUGAUGAAAGCGUGUACUCAUCUCAAGAAGAAGACGAACAUUGCGGCGUACCCCUCUUCGAACUCGUACAGCAUACGCCUUCCGUACUCGAUACAAAAUUGCGUCUCCCUGCGCCUCAUAUCUGCUAUGAUACCGAACACGGCCGAGACGCUCUACCUGGACGUCGCGGUGGACGAGGCGCCAAAGCCCUCCUGUCAGACGGCCGUGUACAGAGACGAGGCCUUCAGCGAGAACGAGACGCAAGGCCGGUCGAUACUGGCACGUUUACCGAUGGACUCACCGCUCGGAAAGGUCAAGAAUUACAGGCCCGCGAUCACCGAGAUAGGGGACAACCUCUGCGACCCCGUCUCUAUAUCCAGGCUGAGCGUCAUAUUGCUGGACGACGCGGGGGCACUAUACGAUACUCGAGGUGCCGAUCACUCUCUGGUCUUCGAGUUCAAGACGCUGGGGAAGAGGUUGCGCUUGCCCACGGAUCCCCCUCCGCCGGCCAAGUACGAGCCGAUACCCCCUGCACCAAGAGCGGUGGUCAGCUUCGAGAAGACCGCAAAGAGACCAAAUGAACCCGUGACGGCAGCAAAGUACACGACGUACGCGUUCUUCGGGCUGACGGGGUUGGCGUGCGCGUACGGUGCCUGGCGUCUGUUUGGGCCGGAAGGGCCCGCCGAAGAUGUGGUUUAG